UUUAGUUUUAGAGUCAUAAAGAUCAGAAAACCUCACCCUAUAAAUCAGAUGUACAGAGCUGCCGACCUCUGAGGAGAAUCAAACAGAUCAAAGUCUGGAGAAUACGACAAAGUCCAGAAUCUCCAGAGUCCUGAUUCAGAUGAUAAACGUGGAUGAUCUGAUGUCCACCUGUGGGGCAGAAAAAUACAGAAUAAUAAAGAUAAUUCUGGUUUAUUUCAGCCUCUCGGUCUCCCUUUCAAGAUUCUGUAUGAUAAUGCAUUUUAUUGUCUUUCGUAUAUUUUAUGCUCUUGUAAAAGUUUUAAUAAAAACUAAAAAUAAGAAGACACUCACUACUACCAUUCCUUGAGCCCCUUCCACCUUCUCAAGUCAGUCAGAAUUUUAUCCAGAAACUGACUAACAAAUAGUUGUUGAGCUCAAAUGUCGAGUACAUUUCAUCAAACUGGUGUCAAAGAAUCGCAUUAAAUUGUCAUAGAAAGCAGACUGAAGCCACAGGUCAGGUUUCAUUAACACCUCUGAGGUUGUCCUGGGAAUGAACCAGUAUCUUCCAGUAUGGAGAAGAGCAGCAGGUGUAGCUGUUCUUCUUCCUCUUCUUUCUGCUGUUCAUCUCUGAGGUCAUCGUCUCUGCUGAUGUUGAGGUUUUUGAGGCCUGAACAGAUCAAUAGUUCCACUUCUCAGCCAAACUGUCCGCUGACAGAGCAGGUCUGCAUCAGCGCUGACGCACCAGCAACAACACCCGCAUCAUCAACAACACCUGCAUCAUCAACAACACCUGCAUCAUCAACUACACCUGCAUCAACAUCAACACCUGGAUCAACAACACCUGCAUCAACAAGAACACCCGCAUCAACAACACCUGUAUCAACAACACCUGCAUCAACAACAACACCCGCAUCAACAACACCUGCAUCAACAACAAGACCCGCAUCAACAAAAACACCUGCAUCAUCAACUACACUCGCAUCAACACCCGCAUCAUCAACACUCGCAUCAUCAACACCCACAUUAUCAACAACACCCGCAUCAACACCUGCAUCAGCAACAACACCUGCAUCAGCAACAACACAUGCAUCAACAACACCUGCAUCAGCAACAACACCCGCAUCAACAACACCUGCAUCAACAACACCCGCAUCAGCAACAACACCCGCAUCAACAACACCUGCAUCAACUACACCCACAUCAACACCCGCAUCAACAACACCUGCAUCAACAACACCUGCAUCAGCAACAACACCCGUAUCAACAACACCUGCAUCAACAACACCCGCAUCAGCAACAACACCCACGUCAACAACACCUGCAUCAACAACAACACCCGCAUCAGCAACACCACCCGGAUCAACAACACCCGCAUCAACAACGCCUACAUCAACACCCACAUCAACAACACCACCCACAUCAACAACACCUGCAUCAACAACACUUAAAUCAACAACACCUGCAUUAAUAACUCCUGCAUCUGCAUCACCUACUUCAACAACAUGUGCACCGACAACACCUGAAACAACAACACCUGAAGGAACAAUACCACCUGAACUAACAAUAAAACCUACACCAAAAACACUCUAAAAUCACCACUAUCAACACCUACACUUACAACAAAACCUGUACCAACACCACCUGAAACAACAAGCAUUCAGCAACACCUGUAUCUGCAUCACCUACUCAAACAAACAACACAGAAACCAAUUAAAACCUGAAACGCCAACACCUGAACCAAUAGCAAUGCCUGAAACAGCAACACCUGAACCAACAACACCUGAACCAAUUACACCUGAAAAGCAACGCAAUACCUGUACCAUAAACAGCACUAACACUUCCAACACCUGCACUUACAACAAAACCUGUACCAACAACACCUGAACCAAUGACACCUGUACCGACAACACCACCUGAAACAGUAAUACCAGAAUCAACAACAUCUGCAUCAAAAAUACCUGAGCAGUACUACCACCACCUCAACCAACAACAAGACCUGAACCAGUAACACCACCAACACCGUACACCAGACAUGGGCACUAUUACCUAGAUCUAAAUCUCACCUGGUGCAAGUGUUGUUGUUGGUGACUGACAUGGUCUUAGAAAGUUUGGUUUCUGGAUGAACUCCUGCUUCCGAUGUGUACAAACAUUAUUAUGUGUG